AUAAUUUACAAAAUAAAUUUUAGCUUUGUAAAACUUCAUGAUCUAAUAUGGAACAAUACAGUGAUGACAUGGAUGAAGACAAAACUAAUGAAAGUUUAAAUGCUUAUUCAGAUUUGUCUCCUCUUCAUAUCGCUUGCUGGAAGGGAAAAGAAUCAAAAUUAAAAAUAUAUUUGAAAAAAUAUAAAGAUGUAAAUGUCACAGAUAAAGAUAAAAGAACACCUCUUCAUCUCGCAUGUGUUCAAGGAUUUUCAGGAGGUGUUAAAAAACUUAUUGAGAAUAAUGCUAAUGUCAAUAUCAGAGAUAUACAAGGCCACACUCCCAUAUUCAAGGCAGUAGAAGCAGGACAUAUUAACAUCGUCAAAAUGUUGGUAGAAGCUGGAUCAGAUUUGGUAAUAAGAGAUUAUAUUGGAGAUACAGUUUUGCAUAAGGCCAUAAAAUAUAAAUUUACCAACAUCGCAUCCAUAUUGAUUAAUAACAGCGUUUAUUUAGAUGUAGUCAACGAUGAAAAUCAGACUCCGUUACAUUGCGCUGCUUCGAUGGGCUUGACAGAAACGGUCAAAGCAUUAGUUGAUCGCGGUGCUGCAACUGAUGUUCUUGAUGAAAAAAAUAAAACACCUUUUAUAAUCGCUUGUGAAAAAGGUUAUAGAGAUAUUAUAAAUAUUUUACGACGAAAUACAGAACUCCACAGCAGUGAAAAUCAAAUUGUAUAUCUAAAGAAACGUCCGAAAGCUGAGGAAAAUUACGAAAAAGAAUAUGAGAGAAAUCAGAAAAAUGAAGAGUAUACAAACUUAUUUAGUAAGAAUUUAGUUAAUUUAAAAAACAAACCGAAUAUUAAUAAUAAUAAUAUGAACUAUUCGUCUUACGAAUCGAAGCAUCAGAAUAUUAUGAAAUCAUAUUCUAUUCCUCGUAACGAUCUAAACACAUUAAAACGUGAAUAUGAUUAUGAUUUGAAUAGUUCAGUCUCUGAAGAAAUUGCAAAGAAUAAUACAAAACGAGAUACUGUAGAUAAAGUGUCCAAUGUCAUGAGUGGUUUAAUGAAUUUUGCAAAUCAAUUGGAAGAAGUAAAAUCAAUUUUAGAACGUAAGUGUUUAUUAGAAGGACAAUAUAGAAACAAAAUCCAAGUUCUGCAAUCAAAUCUUUUAAAGAUUCAAGAAGAAAAAGAAGAACUUGGAAUAUACGAACGCGAUGUUAAGGGUCAAGUGACUAGUUUAGAAAAUGACUUAAAUAGCUCUCUAUCAUUAUUACAUUAUUUGCAAACUGAAGUCGAUAAAUUGAAAAACAGACUGAAACACGAAAGGGAUGCUUAUGAGAAACUAAAGCAUGAUUCAGAUAAAUUAAAACAGAAGGAAGACGAAUGUUGCCAAAUAUUGAAAUCUUUAGAAAUUCAAAUAGAGGAAGCAAAAUCUCAAAAGAAAGCUGCAGAAAUUGAAAAUGCUUCUCUGAAUAAUGAGAUUAAUCUUCUUAAAGCUGAGGCAGAAAAUAAACAAGAGGAGCUGAACGAUUGGCAAAGAAAAUUUACUGAGAUUAAUAACGAAAAGCAUAGUUUGGAAAUGAGAGUAGAUAUUCUCAAAAAGGAUUUAAACUUAAAACAAAAAUCUUUAGACAGUUGUAUUCAUUCAAAUGAGCAAAAGUUACAAGCAUUACAGGCAGAAAAAGAAUCAAUUGAAAAGAAAUUAGUUUUAGAAACACGCAAAAGAACAAUAUCCGAAAAGAAACUCUCAGUAAUCGAGCAAGAAUUACAAGAUUUAAAAACAAAUUAUGGUUCAGCAAAGAAGGAAUUAAAUCAGUUACAACAAUGUUUAGAAGAACAAUCGAGUUCUCAUAGCAAUUCAGAAAAAAUACUUCGAACACAAGUUGAAAAUCUCACAGCUGAUAAUAUGGCUUUGUGUAGUAGAGUAAACGAGUUAAGAGAGGUACUCAAGCAUGCCGAAACCGAAUUUCAAAAGGAGCAGAUAGAAAGUAAUCAGAUCAUUUCUAAUCUGCAAAAUGAAUUGAAACAAUACGAUCAAUAUUUUGAUCGUACCAAAUCAAAUAAUUCCAUACAAUCAUCUAAAACCUAUAGUAUACAUCGUGAAAAAGUUGUUCCUAAUAAGGCUUAUCCUAAAUAAUCGAAAAAAAAAUAAUAUUAACAUAAUUUCAGUUAAUUAUUGGAAAUUAAAAUUAGUUUAAAACCAUCAAUAGGAGCAAAA